UGAAGUUAUAGUAGGGUUAUCUUGAUUAAUCUAUGAUUUUUGCAAUCCCUUUGGGUAUAAUUUCGUUUGAUUCACAUCUAAUGUAAUUUUGAUUCGUUAUAGAGCUAAGAAAAUCUAAUAUUUGAUAUCAUGUUGGAGCCUCUAGUGGGAAAACUUAAUAAAAUGAGAAUUGUUCUUGCUAGCAGUUCCAAACAACGUGAAACUCUUCUCAGGAACACAGGGUUGGAUUUCGAAGUGUAUCCUUCGAAUUUUGCGGAAAAUUUGAAUCCAGACGACUACACUUUCAAAUAUUUUGUGGAAACUACUGCUCAAAGGAAAACGGAAAAUGUUUAUGAAGAAUUGAAGAAUGAUGAAAAGAAGCCUGAUUUGAUUAUAGGAGCAGAUACAAUGGUCACGUAUUGUGGAAAAUUGUUCGGAAAACCAAAGGAUAAUUCAGAAGCUAAACGAAUGAUUAAAGAUCUAACCCAGAAUGAUAAACCCCAUGAGGUUUAUACAGGAGUAGCUAUAUGGUAUGAAGGAAAAAUUUAUACAUUCUCCGAAAUGACUAAAGUACAUAUGACAAAUUUGACAGACGAUGAAAUAGAAAAUUACAUAUUGACUAAAGAACCGAUGGGCAAAGCAGGAGGGUAUGGAAUACAAGGUUUGGCUGGCACCUUUGUAGAACGGAUCGAAGGUGAUAUAAAUAAUGUUAUUGGUUUGCCUUUGUGUCGACUUGUUAAGGAAUUGAAACAGAUUGUGACAUUAUAGAUUAAUUCAAUGAGACUUUCUGAGAAAAGUACAAAUAGUGCAGCAAUAGUUGAAAUUGAUGCUUUCUAUAGUUCAUUGAGACAUUUCUUUUAUAAAUAGAAUGAAAUAUCAAAUAUUAGCAGAA